UAAACCACUACCCUUUUCUUCCAUCCACCGUACCUCAAAAAUCAACGGUGCAGAUCUAUUUUCCGUUGCGCUCCCGGACCUCGCAAAAUCGGAAAACUCCCAUAUUUAUUACACUGCCACCACAGCUCCCAAACCUAUACCUUCACGGAUCCCAUUUCCAUGGCGCACUUCCAAUUUUCCCCAAUUCAAGAAACGAUGUUCGAUUCAAUUAACAAUUUGGGCAAUUGGGAGGAUCGAGAUUUCCUCCAAAUUAGUGCUAUAAAUUACUCCGGCGAAGAAAUUGGCGGCGGCAGCGGCGGCGACAAUUCCGGCGAGGUUCCUCCUCCUCUUUGGAAACCCCGCCGGAGCCCAUCCCGGCCGCUCCUCCGCCGCAUGUCUCCGCCGUCGCCGAAUUCCAGGCGGGAGGCCAUCGCCAGGGGCCGGUGGGAGCUCAUGGAAAUGGUGAACAACAUGCCGGAAUCCUAUUACGAGCUGUCGCUGAAAGACAUUGUCGAGCGCCGCCCCCCCGCCGCCGCCGUCGAUCAUCCACGGACGGCGGCCGGAGAAGCGAAAUUGGCGGCGGUGAGGAAACAGGAAAGCAAGAAAUUAAGUGCCAUGAAAUUCGAUUAUAAUAAGGAUAAGGGUUUUCUACUGAAUGUGGGGUUCCAAUUUUCGAGUUCGGGGAAGUCGAGGAAGAGAGACAAACGUAAUAAUAGUUCCGGCGGCAGCGACGGCGGCGCCGACAAAUAUGGCCGCGGCAGCGGAAAACGGGAGGGGGGGCUGUCAGGGUGCUGGCCGCCAUAUUUGCAGUGGAGGAAAGUGAUGAUGAGAAAUUAACCAGACCUGUAGAGUAAAGCAAAAUAUUGGCGCAAGUUUUUACAUGAAGCCAUGCACUGUGUAUCUAUAUUUGUGUGUACAUCUAUCUUUGUGGGUAUUAUAUUAUGUGAGUGUAUUUACUUCCUCGUCUA